AUGACCAACGGAACUCCUGAUUCUUCUUCAACUCCUGCUAUUUCUCGCAAUGUCUUCCAUGAGGAUGAUUAUACUCAUCCAUGUCAUCCUCUCUAUGUGCAUCCAUUAGAUGUUUUGGGGACCUCAAACAAACUAGAUUUUAUAAAUGGAAACUCCCAGAAAUCUUCACCUACUUCACCUCUUGCCAGACAGUGGCAGAGGUGCAAUGACCUUGUCAUUUCCUGGUUAGUAAACUCCUUGUCUAAAGAAAUAUCUCGCAGUGCGGAGUAUUCAGAGUUUGCUAGGAAAAUUUGGAAUAAGUUAGAAGAGAGAUAUGGUAAGGCUGAUGGUGUUAGAGUUUUUGAACUUAAGAAAGAGUUAGCACAUAUUUCCCGGGGGUCUCUUGACAUAGCCUCAUAUUUCAACAAAAUCAAACAGUUAUGGGAUGAAAUAGCUUCCAUAUCUGCUGGUCGAACUAGGGUGUGUUCUUGUGGGGCUAAGUCUGCUGAAGAUGAGGAACAGAGGGCUUAUCAGCAGAGUUAUCCUUCUAAAGUGAAUUUUGAAUCAUCUAAACCAAAUGUCACCUGCAAGUAUUGUAAGAAACCUGGACACACGACAGAAAAAUGCUACAAACUCCAUGGUUAUCCCCCAAGUUUCAAGUUCACUAAAACUCCUAACAUUAGAAAGACAGCUGCACAUGUUGAGCUCACCAACCAUCCUGAAUUUGGGACUGGUGACAUCCCUACUGAGCAUGGUACUCUUCCACAGUCCGAAGAUAUGUCUGCUAUCGCUGGGCUUACCAAGGAUCAGUACUCUCAAUUGAUGAUGUUGCUUCAACAGUCACACCUGUCUCAUUCUCCAUCUAAUUCAAGCCUGAUGGGGUCAGCCAAUUUUGCUGGUGAGUUAAUUCCUCCUGGUGUGUCUUAUGGUGCAUGUAUGUUGACCAAAGUGGAUGUCAAGGUUACCAAUAUUGUGUCAUUGGCUCUAUUGCCUGAUUUGAUAUUGCACAAUGUACUUUAUGUUCCUAGCUUUCAGUAUAAUCUCAUUUCUGUCCACAAAUUACUUUCUCAUUCUGAUGACAUGGUACAGUUUACCAAAGCUGCUUGUACUUUACAGGGCCCUUCAGUGAGGAAGCCAGUGGUACUUGUUUCUAAUUCUUCUGUUCAUGCUAGCGUAAUUGAUGAAUGCUCACCCUUAAAUAUCAUAUCAGCUAUUGAUGAUAUGAAUAAAGCUGAAGUUGUUUGGCAUUACAGACUUGGGCAUAUUCCUUUCUCUAAGCUGAAGACUAUAUCUGCUUUAGAUUCUUUUGGUUGUUUGUGUUACUCUACUAUAACUAAGUUGCACAAGGACAAAUUUUCUCCCAGAUCUAUACCAUGUGUAUUUGUGGGUUAUCCCUUUGCUAAGAAAGGUUAUGAACUCUGUAGCCUCACCUCCAAAACCUGCUUCAUCUCUAGAGAUGUCAUUUUCUUAGAACACAUCUUUCCAUUCUUCAAGGCUUCUAAUCAGCCUUCUCACAUUCUUUCUUCUCCUCUAUCUACUUGUUUUGAUACUGACUGUUCUGUACCUCCUCCUUCUACUUCACCUGCUUCUUCUUCAUCUAUUGAUCCUCCAUCUCCUAUUUUACAUCCUGCUCCUACUUCACCUCAUGUUUCCCAUGCUUCUUCCCCUCCUGAUUCUUCACAUAUUGAUCAUUCUGUUCCUGUUUCUUCUUCUCCAUUACCUACUUUGAGAAGAUCCUCUAGACCACAUAACCCCCCUAGUUACCUCAAUAGCUAUGUUUGUCAAUCCUCAUCCUCCAACUCUAUUUCAGUCCCCUCCAUUGGUCAGUUGCAUAUCCCAGAGCCACAUUCAUAUUCCCAAGCAGCCACUAUUCUUGAGUGGCAAGAUGCCAUGAGGAAGUAA